CCCCGUCCCGCCGCCGCCGCCGCCGCCGCCGCCGCCGCCGCCCCUCCGCUCCCGGCCGCGCCAUGGGCACCCGCGACGACGAGUACGACUACCUGUUCAAAGUCGUCCUUAUUGGAGAUUCUGGCAUUGGGAAGAGUAACCUCCUGUCCCGAUUUACUCGAAAUGAGUUUAAUCUCGAGAGCAAGAGCACCAUCGGGGUGGAGUUCGCCACGCGGAGCAUCCAGGUGGACGGCAAGACCAUCAAAGCGCAGAUCUGGGACACGGCCGGCCAGGAGCGCUACCGCGCCAUCACGUCUGCGUACUACCGCGGAGCCGUGGGCGCCUUGCUGGUGUACGACAUCGCCAAACACCUCACCUACGAGAACGUGGAGCGCUGGCUGAAGGAGCUGCGUGACCACGCCGACAGCAACAUCGUCAUCAUGCUGGUGGGCAACAAGAGCGACCUGCGCCACCUGCGCGCCGUGCCCACCGACGAGGCCCGCGCCUUCGCGGAGAAGAACGGCCUGUCCUUCAUCGAGACGUCUGCUCUCGACUCCACAAACGUAGAAGCUGCUUUCCAGACAAUCCUGACAGAGAUCUACCGCAUCGUGUCCCAGAAGCAGAUGUCAGACAGGCGCGAAAAUGACUUGUCUCCGAGCAACAACGUGGUGCCCAUCCAUGUCCCGCCCACCACUGAGAACAAGCCAAAGGCGCAGUGCUGCCAGAACAUCUAGGGCGCCUCUCUCCCUCUCCUAGCAGGCUGUGUACAGUCCGUUUCCCAGGUCUGAGAUUUAAAUAUAUUUGUAAUUCUCGUGGUCA